AUGGAAAGCUGCAUUUUUGAUUUCCAAUCUGAACCAUAUGCAGGACUAUUUUAUUGGGGGGCAGAACCAUACUUUGAAAAGUGAACCACAAUCCCGAUAAGGAAAUACUGUGGUAGGAAAAUUUGUGUCGUCUUAGCAGAAACAGGAAAAUUUUUGGGAGAAACAAGCAUUUUUCUUCGGCAGGUAUUCCCAAACUCAAAUAUAUGCACAAAGGCACUGGAAUUCAGCUCGGUUGAAUAG